AUGGCUGCUUUCAAGUCAUGUAUGGCACAUUAUGAAGGCCCUGAGCUAUGUCGAGUGGAACCAAACUUGGCACCUGGAGAAGUCGAGAUGAUUGCAGUUUGGCAUGACGAGUCUUGCUUUCAUGCAAAUGAUUACAAAACACAUGCUUAUCUAUUACCUGGUCAACAGAUUUUGCAGAGGAAGGGCAGAGGAAGGAUUAUCCAUGAGUCAGGAUUUAUUGAUGCAAUUGAUGAGGGUGAAGUUGUGGAGGAAGCACGAAAAAUCAUUUAUCCUGGUGUGAAUGGUCCUGAUGCCUGGUGGGACACUGCACAAUUGCUCACACAGAUGAAAGAUGUAAUGCACAUCUUUGAGGCUGCACAUCCAAACCACCAAGCACUUUUUAUCUUUGACCAGUUCUCAGCCCAUGCCUCUCUGCCCGAAGAUGCACUACGAGCAUUUGAUAUGAAUAAAUCCAAUGGUGGAAAGCAGUGGCAUCAACAUGACACAGUUAUUCCUCAGUCCAACCCAUCUGUCGAGCACUGCAGGAAGAUCCAGAAAAUGACACUACCUGAUGGCUGGACGAUCAACGUGUAUGCGAGCUCGCAAUCUUACAAUAUGUUUAACAUCAUGGUCAAUAGCAAUCCUCCUACUGGUAGAGUGUCCUUCACUCGGGACCAAAUCGUUGCUGAGAACGCAAACAUCAUCACACGUAACCAAGCAUGUCAAACGCGCCAUAGUCAAGGCAAAACCAAUGUGGAAAACGACGAGUCUCUUCUCGUCGUUCCUCCUUCCUUUACUAAUGUCCCUGCUAAUUGUCCCCUGGCCAAUAAUACUAUAGUAGCCUCAUCAUCCUCCUCCAAUACUUCCCCCUCCAUUGCCAAUAAUAUGUCUACCACCUUACAAGUAUCUACUGUUCCCCCCUCUUCGUCGAGACCCAAUACUCCCAUACCCACUACUACUACCAUCAACAUGUCCAGAAACAACAAAAGAAACAAAUAUACCUUCUCGUACCAAAAGAUGCUCAAUGGCAAUCUUACUACAAAGAUUCGUGUGAAGCUACAAUGGUCACUCCCACAACGCAAACAGGAACUCGCUUCGAGUAUUAAACAGAAAACAGGAACAGACGUCCUUGGUGUUCGGCACCAAGUCCCCUUUCAAUAG